AUGCCACCGCAGAAGGUCUCCGCUGGCAAGCGGCUUCUUUACCAUCUCUGGGACAAUGACCAGCACCUCAAAAGCCCCGAGGAGCGCAGGCUUGUACGCAAGCUCGACUUUGGCAUCCUCAUCUGCGCGACGCUUGGCUGGUGGAUGAAAUACAUCGACCAAAACAACAUUGUCAAUGCCUAUGUCAGCGGUAUGAAGGAGGACCUCAACAUCCAGGCCAACGAGUACACCUACAUGCUGAUGUGCUAUACCAUCGCAUUCGCCAUCAUGCAGAUUCCCUCCAAUGCCAUUGCUCUUAAGAUCCGCCCUCGUAUCUGCAUCGUGGUGUGUGAGCUGGGCUGGACAGCCUUUACGUUCGCGCAGGCUGCUGCCACCUCCUCCAACCAGAUGUACGCUUUCCGGUUCAUGGUCGGAUUCUUCGAGUCCGGAUUUUCCCCGAUCAUCAUCUUCCUCCUCGGCUCGUGGUACAACAAGGCAGAACUGGCCAAGAGAAUGGCAAUCUGGCAUAUUACCGGGUUUUUCGGAUCCGCCACCUCUGGCUUCCUCCAGGCCGCAAUCCACCAGACCCUCAACGGUCGCCUCGGCCUUGCCGGAUGGCGCUGGAUGUACAUCAUCUGCGGUUGCAUGUCUCUCCCGGUUGCUCUCUCUGUCUGGUUCCUUCUGCCUGACCUUCCCCACAACACUAAAGCCUGGUACAUCACGGAGGAGGAGAAGCAGAUUGCCCUUCGGCGUUCAGCGCUCCAGGGCAAGGCUCCAGUCACGGGCAAGCUGGACUGGGCUCUGGCCAAGCGCAUGUUUACCAACUGGCGUUGGUGGGUUCUGUGCCUCACGUACAUCUUCUAUGGCAACUCCUGCCAAGGCGCAGCCUACUUCGCCAUCUACCUCAGCAACAAUGGCUACAGCGUCACCCAGCGCAACAUCAUCCCUGGCUGUGCCAACCUUGUUUCCAUGGUCACCGACUUCACCUGGAGUUUCAUGUCUGAUUACACCCAGAACCGUGUCUGGUGGAUGGUCGGUCCCAUUAUGGGCACUACCGUCGUGGGCUCGGCAAUUCUGACGGCAUGGCCAAACACUGAUGCCGUUCGUGUGUUUGCCUUCUUCCUGCUUGCUAGUGGUUUCGUCACGGGCAUUACCUGGACCUGGGCCAAUGAGAUCAACGUUGGAAACGCCGAAGAGCGCGCCCUCACGAUUUCGAGCAUGAACGGUCUCUUUUACGCCACCAACUCUUUCCUCCCGAUCCUCAUCUUCCCUCAGACAAUGGCGCCCAAGUUCCAGCGCGGUUUCCCAUCGCUCCUGGCUUUCGCUCUCACCGCUUGUGGUCUGAUGAUUUUCGCCGACUUUAUGCACAAGCGACAGUUGCGCCAAGAUGCCGAGGCUACCAGCCGCGAGAUCCCUUCCGAGGUCGCAGGCAGCGUGGGAGAGGAGGAGCCGGAGAAGAAGAACUGA